AUGGCACGCUUGCGUCGGCUUAAGUUUGUUGAUUUAAGUUUGAACAUCCCGGAAGAGAUAGGCAAUCUUCACAACCUGUACAUAAAAGAUAAUCAGCUUACGGGUUCUAUACCAUCGACAAUUAUCAAUAUUUCUAGAAUCGAAGUCGUUGCAUUUACAGACAAAAGUUUAUCAGGGAAUCUUCCCAAUGGAUUGAUUCCCAAUUCUCUUGGAUAUUUGACUCAUCUACACUCCCUAAACAACUUGAGUGGAUCGAUUCCUACAUCAAUUCAGAACUUGAGAAACCUUCAGCGUAUGUAUUUUCAGUACAAUAAACUUACUGGAUUUAUUGGAGAUCAUAUAUGUAAAGUGCAGCAUUUGGGUGAUAUUGACUUGGGUCAAAAUCAACUUUCAGUAUCUGUUCCUAAUUGUUUAGGAAAUGUUACUUUCCUUAGAGAGAUACAUAUGGAUUCCAAUAAAUUGAGUUCCAAUAUACCAACAAGCUUAGGAAAUCUUAAAGAUCUAAUGGUUCUUGACUUAUCAUCAAACAACAUGGUUGGUUCUUUACCUCCGGAAAUUGGAAAUCUAAAGGCUGUGAUACAGAUGGCCGAUCUGUCCAUGAAUCAAUUCUCAAAUGGAAUUCAGAAAUUGGAGGAUUGCAAAAUCUGA